AUGGAAAAUCAUAGAAAUGUCUCAGAAUUUAUUCUUCUAGGACUUUCUUCUGACUACAACAUUCAAAUAUUCUGUUUUGUGUUCUUUUUAUUUUGUUAUAUUGUACUACUGGGAGGAAACCUUCUGAUUCUGAUCUCUGUUCUGUGCAGCCCACUAUUUAAUCAACCAAUGUACUAUUUCCUUGUCCAUUUAUCUUCUAUGGACAUCUGCUAUACAUCCACUGUUACCCCCAAAUUAAUUGCUGACCUGCUGGUAGAAAGAAAGACCAUUGCCUAUAGCAACUGCAUGUUCCAAGUCUUUACCAUGCACUUCUUUGGUGGUGUUGAAGUCUUCAUUCUUACUGCUAUGGCUUAUGAUCGCUAUGUUGCCAUCUGCAAACCCCUCCACUACAUGCUUAUCAUGAGCAGGACAAAGUGCAAUUUUCUAGUCAUAGCUGCCUGGAUUGGUGGUGCUAUCCAUGCCUUUCCUCUUUUCACAAUAGCUAUCAGUUUGCCCUUCUGUGGUCCAAAUGAAAUUGAUCACUAUUUCUGUGAUGUUUUCCCUUUACUUAAAAUUGCCUGUACUGACACUUACAUCAAUGGUGUCCUGAUAAUUGCCUUUUCGGGAAUGGUAGCAUUAGUUACUUUUGUUAUCUUAUUUUUUUCUUAUGGGGUCAUAUUAUUUUCUUUGAGAAAUCAGUCGGCUGAGGGAAGACAGAAAGCUUUGUCUACUUGUGGGUCUCAUAUUACUGUGGUCAUUUUAUUUUUUGCACCUGAUAUUUUUAUCUACCUGAGACCUCCUACUACUUUCCCUGAAGAUAAAAUAGUCGCACUAUUUUACACCAUCAUUGCACCUAUGUUCAAUCCCUUAAUCUACACUCUGAGAAAUACUGAGAUGAAAAACACAUUGAGAAAAGUUUGGUGUCAAAGAUUCCUUUCCAGAGAAGCACACACUUAG